CAAAUUGUUGCGCUAGCAAAGUUCAGAAGAUGAAGAAAACGGUUUUAUGUUUGGCUUUCAUGGGUGUAUCCACUGCAAUCGUUUACGCUGAAGAAGUUCACUCUGUGGUGACGACACUUGGAUCGCUUUUGGAGAUGAGAAAUGCUUCAAAUUGUUUCCAACAUUUGCCACUCGUAACCAGGCCGAUGAAUUUUGCAGCCAACAAGCUGGGACAAUCUCUGUACCGACGCUCGUUACUAUAAGAUCAGCUGCCGAGCAAAAAUUUCUGGUGGAAUAUAUUUCUAACACAUCGUAUUCGAACAACGUUUGGAUUGGAGCAGAACGACGACCGGGAAGUGAAAGUGAAUUCGUUUGGAAUGAUGGUUCCCCUGUUCAGCAGUACACUUAAUUGGGGAAUUGGACGUCCUUCGGAUGACGUUAGAAGAUCUUGUGUUCAAAUGCAGUCCGAUGUUGCAAGAGGACUUUCGGAUAUGAAGUGGACGGAUAUCGCUUGUACCAUAGGAAAUUGGUUCGUUUGCCAAAAGUUCCAGACGUGCUCAUGUGAGAAUUUUCAGCAAGCUCUUUUAGCGACAAGAAGGGACUUGCAGCACUUCGUCGAGAUUUUUACACGCCAGAUGGCUGAUGUGAAAAAUCAACUAGACGAAUUGCGAAACAACCAGCCGGACUUUCCAGACGAACAAUUGGCUGAGAUGCGCCAUCAGAUCAGAGAAUUGCAAGACAACGAAUUGAUACGAGACAAACAGAUCGCUAACAUGAGCAAUCAACUAAGAGACUUGCGAAACAACCAGUCGGACUGGCAUAAUAUAACAAGUCAAUUAAAAUAUUUGCAGAACAAUCCAGUUCCAAUUGGUUUCAUCUACGUUCAACUACGGAAUCAAUCUGAACCGGGAGCACUGUGGGUGAAUACGACGUGGCAAGAGAUCACUUCACAGUAUGCAGGACUUUUUUUCCGUGCGGUAGGCGAAGGUUCAGCAGCAUUUGGUGUCACACAACUUGAGAAUAGUCCGAGACUGACGGAUGUUGGUACUGCUAGGUUGCCAGGAUUUGUAAAUCAAAUUCCAAUCCAACCAACGGGUAGCUGGUCUGUAUCGUUGCCAGUAGGUGAACCAAAUCCGUCUGCCUCAGUGCACUUUGGUCUAUCUUUCGCUGUACGGUCAGGUGAAGUUCGUCCGCGGAACACAGCUAUGCGGAUAUGGAUAAGGACUGGUUGAGAAUGUUCUGCGUUUAAUUUACAAAUAAAAUGUUGCAUUCGUUUUGCAGGAAAAGAUAUUACGGUGAUUUAGUUUGUUGGUUGGUUGAUCGCUUGUAUACCCAACUCAAUGUUUUGUCUACUAAAGAGAUUUUGGAAAUAGGCGAGAAAUGUACAGUAGUUCAACAAAUUAUGUCAGUCAAAAACCCCUUUAUAUGGUAAAUGUGACGCAGGUCCUUAUGUUUUUACUCCCAAAAAUCCGGGUUCGAAAAGCCGAACGUGUCACCUCCCUCCAGC